CUCCUCCUCCGCUCCCCUCCCUUCGGUUUGUGGACAAGUGUUUAUCCGCUGCGAGGCGAGAGCUCGGUCCGUGAUGGGAUUCCUUCAGGAGCGACCUGCCGCCUAUCGUUAACCCCUCUGGAGGUAAGGAGUGAAGCCAAACGACGGUUAACUAACAAAAGAGACCCGGUGGGGUGUCGGACGGGAGCAGCUUAUACGAGAAGUGCUCCGUUUUGAGUUUGUGCUGGCGAAAGUUGACUACAACAUCCCCGUCGGUUAGUUGGCAACUAAAUAUGGAUGUCAGUUAUUUGUAACGCACUCGGGAGAAGUCGUGUGUCCCGUGAAGCGAGGCUGUUUCCUACAUGUAGCGACUUGACACCCCCUCCCUGCCAGCUCCACACAUUAUCGCUUCUUUAACCAUUACCAUCAUCUCCGGUGCUGUUCGGGCACAGCUGUGAAGGCGGUCGACGCACGCAAACUUGUGUUGGUGGACAGGAUUACUGGACACAAAACAGUAGAUGCGAGGUAUCAUAAAAACAGCAUGCCACUUGAUGAAGGAACUUCUCUUCAGAGAUCGGGAUUGGAUACUAAAGCUGUGAUGUUUGGCAAGUUUUUGUUACCUGUGCUGAGAACUCAAUAAGUUUUGGAAGAAUAACUUUUCUAGAGUUUCACAGAGGAUUUAUUAAACAGCUGUGGUGAUUCUUGAUGACCGGUGGUCUUGGAAAAGUGAUGGAGACAGAAGAAAGGGAGGAUGUUUCACAAAAACACAUAGCUAAAGUGGAGGCAGAGGAUGAGGUAACCCCAUGCCACACCUGCGGGGUGUGUGGUCGCAGUUUUCCACUUCUAAGCUCUCUAUCUCAGCACAUGAGAAGACACACUCGGGAGAAGCCUUACAAGUGUCCCUACUGUGAGCACAGGACAGCUCAGAAGGGCAGCCUAAAGGCCCAUAUUAGAAGCCAUAAAUUGGGCCUUUUGAGCCAAAACCUCAGUGACAGGGAGGGGGAUGGAGAUGAAGGGCAGAAAGAGGAUGCUGAUAUAACAGACCCUCCUGAGCUCAGCAGCCCACCUGAUAAAGCUCAUAACAUUAAUGGAAAGGUCAAGAAGAAAACAACCAAGAAAAAGGUUAAAGAUGGUGUCGAGGUUAGCGAUGGAGGUGAUGACGGACCUUUUUCCUGCACCAUUUGUGGCCAGGUUUUCCCUCAGGUAUUACUCCUCAAGUCCCACAUGAAAAGGCACCGUGGCUCUCAGGAUCACGGUUGCCGGAUAUGUGGACGACGCUUUCGCCAAGCGUGGUUCCUCCAAAGCCACAUGCGCAUUCAUCGAGUGAAAGCCCAGCUAAGGGGCAGCAAAAGCAACGAACCGCCUGCCACCAUCAACGGGGUUCCUCAGGACCCAGCAUUACUGACGAAUGAAGAGUGCCUCUAUGAGCUCUGUGCAGGCUGCGGUAACUUCUUCAAUGACCGCAGGACACUGCAGAUACAUGAAAAGUUGCAUAAACUGAACCACACCCGCACUCAGAUGCAGAAUCCAACACAAGGAAAUGUGGAGUCCUCCGAGGUGCAAGAUGCUAAGAGGCAGUUUUUGGAAAGCCUGAACCUCAUUUCUGCUGGACCCAGGGAAAGCCCUGCAGAAGUGAAGCCGGGCAGUCGAAUUCCUGAGCUGGAUCCAAUUUGUAGUUACCAGUCAUGGCAGUUAGCUACAAGAGGACGGCUAGUGGAGGCUACAGAAAAAUGUCUGGGAUGGGAGGAGAGAUUAGCUGAUGCGGAAGUGGCAUAUGACAUAGAAAAAGGCGAGUACGUCCCCUUGAAGCAAGAGAAGAAGAGAAAGCCAAAUGACACAGCCGGCUCCAAUCUUAAGAAGCGGAAGGGUGACGCAGGCCUUGAUCACAAAGGUGGUGACAAAAAGAUUAGCCAGAAGGACUCUAUUCUGCUGAAUGGACUUGGUCAAGCAUUUUAUGAAGCACUACAGACUAAAAACGUUAAAGAUGUUCACUCCUCAUCUAAACAGACGAAGAACAUCAAGAGCCUAGACCAGGAAGAUAAAAAGAAAUAUUUCUGCGAGCACUGUGAUUUCCACACUGUUGACACCGCGCUACUCAGGUCUCACCUGCACACGCAGCACCAGGACUUCCUGAGUUCCUACAGCAAACAGAGCACCAAUUUGGACAUAAGCAGAAGUGGUUCCAAAGCCUCAAGAUACAUGGACUACCUCAGAAGCAGGAGCAUCCUGCUCAGUCAGCCAUAUUGGAAUCCAUAUUCAUGUUCUCCAAGCCAGGAGUUAGUAGAGUCAAACAUUAAAAUGGAAAAGACAAAUGGCUCAGAGGUGAAAGAGCAGGGACAUGCUACUGGUGAUGCUAGCAGCCUCCUCAAUCUUUCUUCUUUACCCAUAACUGAUGUUAGUUUUUCAGUAAAAACAAAGGGCCUGGUGAGACAUCAGUGCCCAUACUGCUCCCACACCACCAACUACCCAGAAGUACUGUGGAUCCAUCAGCGUGUUGCCCACAGGGUGGAUGGCAGCAGUACCAUGGCACCCAAGUGGGCACCUAGCAUUAAUAGUCUCAAGAGUUUAAAGGCAGGUGCUUCUCAGUGGAGACGCACAGGGCCGCCACCCUUCCUCGAAGGCAAGGACUGUCCAGCUUUGCCUACUCCAAGAACGCAGCGCACACAGCCUCCCGGGGUCACAAACCAUGGCAGCAGCAGCAGCAGCAAUAAGCAGUCGUCCCACAAGAAUCAAUCAAGCACCCUGAAGUCCAAGCAUCAGUCAAAGGACUCACGACCUUCAGAUGCGACACAGUCUAGUGGCAAGGUUGGACUCCAAAAUCAAAAGAAGGAGCAUAACCGAACAGUGGGGGGUGGAACUAAAGGCUCCAGCACCCAAGCUACUUCGUCAAACAGCAUUGUGAACAGCAUUGUGAACAGCAAGAGUCUCCAGAGCUUGCAGCCUACCAGCAGCCCAAAACAAAGAGGCAACAGAGCCACUGUGGAGGGGAACUUCCCACAGGAGGGUUUGGGUUUUAUGCUGGCAAGAAAUCGCAGUGGGAAUUCUUCUUCUUCCUCUAACACAGAUAAGCUCCACUCUCGCAGGCAUUCAAGUGACUUUUCUUCAGGUCCCAAAGGUUCUGAUCUCUGGGCUGCCAUGAAUAUGUGGGGGCUACACGGAAGCAAAGCAUAUUUAGAUACACUCCGAAUAUCUCAGGGAAAGAGUGAAUCAACAGGAGAAACGCCAACGGACAUCGAUAUUUUAAGUAUCCUGAAAAACUACAGUCCACAUGAUCUGGCAGCUCUCUAUCAGCACUGGGGCUUUGUUGAUCCCAGGCUUGUUUCACAGGCAACGAUGCAGUUAAAUGGAAACUUUGGAAAUGAAGUCCAUUCCUCAUCUGAAGCUUCCAAACAGAUGAACAGCCACUCCACUUCAUCCUCAGGGUCUCUGCAUAAAGGAACGUAACGAAACAUUGUGCUUCUCUUGGCUGCAAAGUUCUAACUGCUGAAAAAAGAGAGGCCUGCUGUUCUUCAAAGGAACUAGCCAUAACUCCUGGAGAGCACAGAGGCUCUGGAAUCUGCACAAUAUAUGCAAAGCAAUGCGGUGGACUUGUUUGAUUUUGUAUUAUGACUGUUUGAUUUGAAGUGUUAAGCAUGUUACGAGUGUAGAUAUGAUAGUUAAAUAAACACAUAUGAUGUGUUUUUGAUUAUUUUAUUUGGUGAAAAUGAGGCAAAUGUUCAGGAUUAUUGUACAAAACAACAGGAAAGCAUUGUAGAAGUACCACAGCCAGGUGGAAAUUAAAUGUAGAGCCACAACUAUGUGGCUAAACAGAUGUUCUCUUGGCUUUAGGCCCAGAUAUCUGCUUGUUUUUGGUUACAAAAAGUAGAUCCUUGCAGAGCAAUACAACAUACCAAAUCUUACAACUCAUAAUUCCACUAAAACAGCUGUGAUGCAAAUACAUGUUUUUAACUGCUGUAUAUCAGUGUCGAGUUUAAGUUUGUUGUUUUGUUUCAUGUACAAAUGUCUUCUUUUUUAAGUUUUUAAUUUCCUUGGUUGAGUAUGUGAUUUUUGUUGCAGAUAACAUGGUGUCACUUGUGUUUUCAGCCCACAAUUUAAAUAAUAAUAAUAAUAAUUUAAAAACUGCAAACAGCUUUUGAGUCAACGUUUUGAGUUUGCCAGUUUUCAUUUGGUCAAAAGUUAUUUGUCACUAUGCACCAUCUCAAGAGUAGUCUGGGCAAAUUCAGAGGACUCUCCUUUAAAAUGCAAGUGUUGACCCAAGGCCUUAGUCACACAGGCCUAGAGACCCCUUUGCAAACCCCUGGCAGACUUUUGGUACCCUAACAGCUGGUGAGUCGUUCCCGGAGGUUGCUGAGUGAGAUGUGUCGCGAGGAGGGUGCUGCACCAAAAAUCUUCUUGUCAUUGCUUUGGUCAUUAGCAUAUUAAUGCUAUCACUCAUUGUUUACACUGGAAAUGUUGAUUUGUAUGCUAGCACUUGUCAACUUGUCACUUUAACCAAGACAUUUCAGAAGGCACAACUCUUACUUUAAAGGUAAAUGUUCUACAUUGUCCAGUUUGCACUUUUUCCACUUCUCUUUUUUAAAUAUUUUUUGGCCUUUUUACAGCUUUCUUUGAAAGGGUACAGUGAAGAAUGACAGGAAAGCAGAGGAGCGAGAGCAGGGAAGGCACAGGCCACAGGUCCGAUUCAAACCCAGGCUGGCUGCUCUCAGCCAUGCGGCAUAUGGGCACCUCACUACUCCCACUUUUCAUUGUUUGACUGACACUCGACAAGUAGUUGGCGACUGUUUGCAACAUCUUCUGUAUAAACUGCAGGGGAUCACAGCAAUCGAGAGACCAAAGCAAUAACAAGGUUUUUGUUGCGGCACCUUUUUGAUGACCAAUAUCAACAAGCAGCCACCCGCCUGGUGACGUGGACGCCAGUAAAUGCGAUACCUCGAGAAUGAGGAGACGUAGGAGCUUCAAAUUAAUAACACACUAAAAAAUCUCUGACAGGGUUAAUCACUGCCUGGUCUUUAAGGCUCUGCUAUUUUAAUAUAUAUGAUUUUUUUUUUCAGUGUUCAAAACUUUAUAUUUUGAACCCUACCCAAACCUUUUCUCCAGUUUUACACAUUCCUCAUGUAGUUUCACCAGUCCAGUCCACUUAAAAUCAAAGUGGGCUGUAUGUGGCCCACAGUGUAAAAAGACUUUGACAUCCCUGCUCUAAGGUUUUAGCAGAUGUUUUCACAGAACAACAAGCAACCCAUUUUUCCCUAGCAACUGAUGGUUGAAAGGUGGUUGCCAAACGGUCGCUAUCCCUGUGUGACCAGGGCCCAAGACAGAAAUAGUGCUUUUUUUCCCUGUCAGUUUGGAAUCAGUAUUUCUCCUAAGGUCAGAUAUGUAAUUCAGUUGCUUCAAGCACAGCAAUGCCAUCGAGUCCUCUAGCUCUGCUUCAGGUUAACAAACUGCUCCGUUGUAGUUUACAGUAACUUCAGCAGACCAGUGAAACAGCACAACCAGAAACGGUGCCCUAGUGUUUAUCUUGUAUUUUGUUAAUGAAAAGUCGUUGGCCAUUUUCCAAACUUUAGGUCCAGGAUUGAUGUGAAAAAUGAGCACUCGCGCUCGUCAUUGAAGCCAGUCUUCAAAAAGGGUCUCAGAACAACCAGUGAAUAAUGAAAAGUGCUGCCAUGUUUUUAUUUUUAUUUUAAAUCCAAGUUUAAAAUUUAAAUGCAACAAUUUGCUCUUAUGUUUUCAAUCAGAGCGCAGACAUCUGCACUUCUUUUGGCAUUAUUCUAGUGAUGUAGCCAUUUAAUGCUGUGAUUUAUUUCUUUUAGAAGUAGAACUUUUAGCAAUGAGCAUUUCUACUGAUCCAAAACUCACCUCAGUCUCCAGUUGUUUUCAUGUGUUUCAUUGUUUGCAGAUUUUAGUAUGUUUACAUUUCAAUUCCUCCUUCUCAGUGUAUUCAUAUCCCAUAGAGACGUAGUCUAUGCAUUUAACUAAAAGCCAUCAACUUAUGGAUUCUUGGGCGAUCUUAAGAAUCCAUAAUUAUGAAAGCACUGACUUUAAUCUGUGUGGAGAGAUUUUUCUUCUUUUUGAUAAAUAUUGUAAAUGAUAGUUUUAUUUAAUGGUUUUUGUUUGUUUGCUAUGAGUCGGAUUUCAACAAUUAAAAGUAUUUGAUAUUUGUAGUAGCAGAACAUGUUAAAAACAUGUUGAAUUUUCGUCACCUUUGAGGUCAGGGUCAGCGGGGUGUGAUGCUCCCACAGCAGGUAUCACUGAGCCUGUGUUUUGCAACGACCCUGUAACUGUAACUCCUGUUUGGCAUAAAGAGGCAGGAAGCACUGAGAGAGGGAUAUUUACGCAAGUCUGAACUCUUAUGCAAACCUCCAGCUUACAGUUGAGCUCUCGCUGGGUUCAUUUUUGUGACUAUGUAAACAUGUUUCAUAGUUAUUAUGUUGGUUCAGAAUUUAUAUUUUCGACAGAUCAACAAUUUUUGUCUGACUGUAAAAUUCAAAUAAAGUUGGUUGAUGCCG